CCACAGCCUUCUGCAGAGAAAGGCAGAGUGAAGAAGGUUAGGGAGGGAGUGGAUACGCCGAGGAGAAGUUCUUGCCGGCCAGCUGGCUGUUUGCAAGAUCUCCCAACAGCAGCUCAUGCUAUACGGCGAGUUUAUCCCUUGUUUGCCCCCCAUCAGAGAAAAACUGCCUCCCUCUAACUGGGAUUUUCCUCUGUGCUGAUUUUGACAGCCUCUGGGAUUCAUUGCUUAUUAACGACGGCUUUGAAAACCUGCGUGGAUUACAUACCUUGCGCAGGCAAUGCUCUGCUGCAUGUUGUGUUUUUCUGUCGACAGUGCAGAAAGCUGGAUGCUGCAGUGAGUUGAGGAUAUAAAGGGAAUGCAACAGAGGCAAGCUCACUCCUGGACAGGUACUCUCUGACAGGCCGGACUCUGAGGUAGAGGAGGCUGUAAAGAGGCCCUGAAGGAGCCUCCCACCCUCCCUGCCUGACCAGCCGGACGUAUCGGACAGCCAUGGCUCCUCGGAAACGUGGCGGCGGCGGCCGUGGUGGCCUCUCCUUCAUCUUCUGCUGUUUUAACAGCAGCGAUCACCCAGAGAUCACCUACAGGCUCAGGGAGGACUUUGCCCUGCAGGCCAUGGAGCCGGCUCUGCCGAUGCCAGGAUAUGAUGAGCUGGAUGGCAUGUUCUCCGAGUUGGUGGACGAGCUCGACCUUUCAGAGAAACACAGGGAAGCCAUGUUCGCUCUGCCUGCAGAGAAGAAAUGGCAAAUCUACUGCAGCAAAAAGAAGGAACAAGAAGAAAAUAAAAGUGCAACUAGUUGGCCAGAAUACUACAUUGAUCAGCUCAAUUCAAUGGCAGCUAGAACGACGCUCCUCGCUCUGGAGAAAGAAGAUGAGGAAGAGAGGAACAAAACCAUUGAAAGCUUGAAGACGGCUUUAAGGACACAACCUAUGAGGUUUGUGACCCGUUUUAUCGACCUGGACGGCCUGACGUGUAUCCUAAACUUCCUGAAGACCAUGGACUAUGAGACCACAGAGUCGCAAAUCCACACGUCUCUGAUUGGCUGCAUCAAAGCUCUAAUGAACAACUCGCAGGGCCGCGCCCACGUCCUCUCUCACUCCGAGAGCAUCAACAUCAUCGCUCAGAGCCUGGCCACGGAGAACAUUAAGACUAAGGUGGCGGUGUUAGAGAUUAUGGGCGCCGUGUGUCUGGUGCCCGGUGGACACAAAAAAAUCCUGGAGGCCAUGCUGCACUACCAACGGUUUGCUUGUGAGAGAACGCGAUUUCAGACGCUUAUAAACGAUCUGGACCGGAGUACAGGGCGAUACAGAGAUGAGGUCAACCUGAAAACAGCCAUCAUGUCCUUUAUAAACGCUGUGCUGAGUCAAGGCGCUGGAGAGACAAGUUUGGAAUUCCGUAUCCACCUACGAUAUGAGUUCCUCAUGUUGGGGAUCCAACCUGUGAUCGAUAAGCUACGCUCUCAUGAAAACUCUACAUUAGACAGGCAUUUAGACUACUUUGAGAUGCUGCGGAAUGAGGAUGAGCUGGCUUUGUCAAAACGGUUUGAGUCGGUACAUAUAGACACUAAAAGUGCCACCCAAGUUUUUGAUCUCAUCCGCAAGAAGAUGAACCACACUGAUGCACACCCGCACUUUAUGUCUGUCCUGCAUCACUGUCUCCUCAUGCCACACAAGAGAAGUGGUAACACGGUGCAGUACUGGCUGCUGCUGGAUCGGAUCGUCCAGCAGAUUGUCUUGCAGAACGACAAAGGUCACGACCCCGACGUCACACCACUGGAGAACUUUAACGUGAAGAACGUUGUCCGGAUGCUGGUCAAUGAAAAUGAGGUCAAACAGUGGAAAGAGCAGGCAGAGAAAAUGAGAAAAGAGCACCACGAGCUGCAGCAGCGGUUUGACAAGAAGGAGCGUGAAUGCGAUGCAAAGACUCAGGAGAAAGAGGACAUGAUGCAGACGCUCAACAAGAUGAAAGAGAAGCUGGAAAAGGAGAGCACAGAGCACAAGAAUGUCAAACAGCAAGUGGCCGAACUCACCGUCCGACUGCAUGAACUUAGCACCAGACAGGCAGCUGUCGUUCCUGGAGGUCCUCCCCUCCCCCCCGGUCCCCCUGGUGGUCCUCUGCCUCCCCCACCCCUGCCAGCUUUUGGUGGUAUGUGCCCACCUCCCCCACCGCCUCCUGGGGGCAUGAUGCCUCCUCCACCUCCCCCACCGCCUCCUCCAGGUGGACCCCAACCUCCUCCCGGACGACCACCCGUCGGAGGCAUCCCUCCCCCCCCAGGAGCACCCCUAGGACCAUCUCUGAAGAGGAAGAACAUUCCCCAGCCAGCCAAUGCGCUCAAGUCCUUCAACUGGGCGAAGUUAGCUGAGAAUAAACUGGAGGGCACUGUGUGGAUGGAGGUGGACGAUGCCAAGGUUUUCAAAAUCCUGGAUCUGGAGGACAUUGAAAAGACCUUCUCAGCCUAUCAGAGACAGCAGGACUUCUUUAUGAUCAAUAACAGCAAACAGAAAGAGGCAGAAGACGACACGCUGAGCUCUAAAAAAGUCAAGGAGCUGUCAGUAAUUGAUGGCCGUCGAGCUCAAAACUGCAACAUCCUGCUCUCGCGGCUGAAGCUUUCAAAUGAGGAGAUGAAGAGAGCCAUUCUAACCAUGGACGAACAGGAGGACCUUCCCAAAGACAUGCUGGAGCAGCUGCUGAAGUUUGUCCCAGAGAAGAGUGAUGUGGAUCUUCUGGAGGAGCACAAACAUGAGCUCGACCGAAUGGCAAAACCGGACCGCUUCCUCUAUGAGAUGAGCAGAAUAAACCACUACCAGCAGAGGCUGCAGUCUUUAUACUUCAAAAAGAAGUUUGCAGAGAGGAUAGCUGAGCUCAAACCCAAAGUUGAAGCUCUGACCCGGGCAUCUAAGGAGGUUUUACACAGCAGGAACCUGAAGCAGCUGCUGGAGGUGGUGCUGGCUUUUGGAAACUACAUGAACAAGGGUCAGAGGGGGAACGCUUACGGCUUCAAGGUGUCUUCCCUUAACAAGAUUGCUGAUACCAAAUCCAGUAUCGACAAAAACAUCACUCUCCUGCACUACCUGAUCACCAUCCUGGAGAAGAAAUACCCCAAAGUCCUGAUGUUCCAGGAGGACCUGCAGAGUCUCUCAGAGGCGGCCAAAGUCAACAUGACUGAGCUGGAAAAAGAUAUAGGCAACCUGCGCAGCGGCUUGAAAAGUGUGGAGAGUGAGCUGGAAUACCAGAAGAAGCGACCGCAGGAGUUGGGCGACAAGUUUGUGUCGGUGGUGAGUCAGUUCAUCACUGUGGCCAGCUUCAGCUUCUCUGACGUGGAGGACUCUCUCACCGAGGCCAAGGAACUGUUCCUGAGGGCAGUAAAGCACUUCGGUGAGGACGCCGGUAAGAUGCAGCCAGAUGAGUUCUUUGGCAUCUUUGACCAGUUCCUGCAGUCGUUCGCUGAGGCUCAGCAGGAGAACGAGAACAUUCGGAAACGCAAAGAGGAGGAGGAGCGCAGGUCCAAAAUGGAAGCUCAGCUGAAAGAGCAGAGGGAGAAGGAGCGAAAGGCCCGGAAAGCGAAGGCCAACGGGGAGGACGACGGCGGCGAGUUUGACGACUUGGUGUCAGCGCUGCGAUCAGGCGAGGUCUUCGACAAGGACUUGUCCAAGAUGAAACGCAACCGCAAGCGCAUCAACAGCCAGACCACCGACGCAAGCAGAGAGCGACCGGUCACAAAGCUCAACUUCUAAGCGGGGUUGAGGUCACUCGUCUGGCUCGCCCACCUCCUGCUCAUCAUUAGUUUCCCUCUGGGUCGAACUGACAUGAACAUUCCUCUGCACCCUCCUCCGUUCCCACCCAGCUCGGCCUUGCAUCAUCGCUGCAAUGCACAUCCACACAACACGUUCAGACCUUUCAUCCUGAUAUUUUGAUGUUAAACGGAGCAGAUGCCAAAGGUUGUUCCUAACGACUAAAUCAGAUAAUUCCCGCUGGAGGAUCAGUUUGGUCAAAUGAAAUGUUAAAAAAAAAAAGUUGUGCAAGAGCAGGAUGUUUUCUUCGCUGGAGGAAAGUUUCCAGGUCUAAGAGAUGCUCAUGCUUGUUUGAUAGGAAGCGUUCUGUGCUGUUUUUGUACGUAAGAAUCUAUGCACAGAGUGAAACGUGCAGCCAGCAGGCUGCUUUAGGGCUUGAUGCUCGAUCCAAACAGGAAGACGAUUCCAUUAAAAACACAAGGGGCCAUUUUGUACGGACUGAUUUCAUAGAUUGAGAGGGGCUGCUUUCAGUUGUCGAGAGAGAGAUCAUUUUUUGGAGAAAGACUGAAUCUGAACUUCCUCUUAACGCUGCUGUUUUCCUGCAGCCAGAACCAUCACAGGACUGAGACACUGCGUUGUUAGACAGACGUGGUUUUGACGGCAAGUGACGCAGCUGAGAAGUUUCUUUUCUAUUCAUCAUUAUUGACGUGCAGCAUUUAUAUAUCUGAUCACUGUAUGUUUUAUUUGAACUUUUUCCUGUUAAGAGCUGGCCUUAACUCUGUUGUUUUAAUUGUUGAGUGGGUACUCUCUAAGGCCUGGGCCUAGUCUGCAAUUUCUCAACAAGUGUGGACACUCGUGUCAUAGAUUACAUAUAUCUAUAUAUACGGUUGCGUGCUUGUUACACAUGCACAUAUAAAGUCAUAAUUACUAUGCUAAAUGCCAUUAAAACAAUACCCAGUGGAUGCAAUAAACGUGCUUUUCCUGUCUGAAGGGAGUGCCCUCCUUUACAUUUCUAUUGAAUAGAUAAAAUAUGUUUUCUGUACACUAGCUGGAUUUACACUGCAAAAACAAAAGAAAAAAAACCCUGAUUUUAAACUCUGAUCCACAUGUGAUGUUUUCAUUGUUGUAGAAAACAUCACAUGUGGACGUGAUCCCUUUGAUUGUAAUUUGUCCUCAGCUGUGUGAAUCCAUCCAGUGUCAAACACCUCCAUUGGACUUUUUAUAAUUUAAAUAUUGCCUUCCAUUGUACAAUGACCUGAUGAUAAUAAAUGGGAGAAAACAGU